AUUUUUGAAUUUUACGCUGCGAUCAAGUUUGCAUAAUUUCUCCGAAUUAAAUGUAUGUUACGUUGACAAAACACGCACAUUUAAUGAAUAGUGUCAUAUGCUCAGAAGAAUUAUUGUACUCUCGUAUUUUAAGGUACCUAUACCUUAUCGUGUCCAUCGUACCUGAUAGGUGGUGGCUUUUGGUAAUUAUUAAAUUAGAGGAUAGCCACCUCUCAUGGGGCAAGUCGUUCUAUUAAUGAAUAAAAAGUGAUAGUAUUCAUGCAUGAACUGGAAGCAAACUUUUCAUUCCUUCAUUUAGUUCAACUUUAUAGCUGCAUUCAGUGCGUUUAAUGCGAGUUCAUACAAAACAAUUUCAAUAUUUUAUAAUAUUCUUUGUUUUUAAAAAAUCAUGCUGAAAUUUGUAUUAUUGUACUUCUUUUCUAUUCUACUUUUAAACUUCGCAGCUAAUCCAGUAAGCGUAGCAAGCAGAAUAAAAAAACCUGUGAGAAAUUCGUCUUGUGAUACAGCCUAUGACUGUUCUGACUUUCGUAUGAUCUGUUUAAAAAAUAAUACUUGUGCUUGUGCAAAGUUCCAUGAUUGGGAUUCUGAAUCAAAAAAGUGCAUCGCCAACGUUACAAAGAUAUCUGAUUGGCUAAAAUCAACUAGCAGCACUGUACCCGAAACGGUUUCUGGACAAGAAGAUUUUAAAAUGAUACAAAAUGGAGAUCGUAUCACUUACCAAACGAAAUGGGCUGAAUACGAAGGAGUAAAAGAAACUGGACUAGGUCAUGUCACCCGAGUUAUUUGGCCUAUAUUGUUGGGUUUAGUAGUAAUUUUCAUUGUUUACGGUGCAAUUCUAAUGGAAUUCUUAUAGAAGUGUUGGUUGUAACUAUGGAUUCGAC